CCUUAAUUCUCUCUUUUCUUCUUCCUUAUAUGUAAUAUAUAUAUAUAUAAAUUAGUUAGUUUAAGUUUCGUUUUGAAAGCUCGACAUUCCUAUUAGACAAGAUUUGGAAACGUAGGUGUUUUAGUUCAAGAGAAGAAGAGUUAGAUUGAAGUGCAUCGAGAACACGACAUAGUUACAAUAUGGCAGAUGGUAGUAGGAAUGGACAGCUUUGUGGUAAUGUUGUGUCGUGGAUCAAAACAAUGCUAGAGCAACUACCUAUUGUUAAUGUAGGAUGUAGUAUCUAUCGAGUCCCCAAACUGUUACGUGAGAUGAAUAAUACAGCUUUUAUCCCCCAAGUCAUUUCCAUUGGCCUAUUUCACCAUCGUAGUCGAGAGGAUUUGAUAGUCACAGAGCAAUAUAAACUUCAAGGACUUGCUAACUUUCUACUUCGAACGAUGAACAUGAACUCAGUGGAAUUUCUUGUGGAAACUGCUCAAACUUGGGUAAAAGAUGCUCGAGAUUACUAUGCAGAACCUAUAAACAUGAAUGACGAGGAUUUUAUUAAGAUGUUGCUGGUGGAUGGUUGUUUUAUAGUGGAGUUGCUUAUAUUAAAUUAUGGCCAAUACGACCCAGAUGCAUUCAUUCAAAUUGAACACAACCGAGAUCUUCAAUUCUACAAAAGAUUUCCUCAUAUAGGAGCUGAUUUGGUCAAGUUGGAAAAUCAAAUUCCUUUCUUUGUUCUUCAACGUCUAUUUGACCUUGUAAAACAAAAGGAUCCCUCCAUCUCCUUUAUAAGACUUACAACUGUAUUUUUUCAUCAUGGGAUUGUAAAUAAAUACUAUCUUUCUUCUCUCUGGUUGGAGAAAUGUCCAAAGCAUUUCAUCGAUUUCUUAAGCUUCUUCUUCGUCCCCACGAUACCUUCUAAGAACAAUAGUAAAGAAGAAGAAUCAAUUAUUCCUCCAUCGAUAACUGAGCUUCGCGAAGCCAGUGUCAUCAUCAAGAAAGCAAAACAUGGCGGAGGUUUGAUGAAUGUGAGCUUCAAAAAUGGGGUUUUUGAAAUCCCACCCAUACUUAUUGAUGAUUACUUUGAAACCAUGAUGCGAAACUUGAUAGCUUUUGAGCAUUUUUAUGUUGGUAAUGACAAUAAGUGUAUCCAAUAUGUGUCAUUACUAGAUCAUUUGAUAUGUACAGAGAAAGAUGUGAGUGUACUUGUGCAAGCCGGAAUCAUAAUAAACGAAAUUGGAGGUAGUAGUAUAGAAGUUUCAGAACUUUUUAAUAAUCUCUGUAAAUUUGUUACAGUCCCAAAUUGUUGCCACUUCAACGAUAUCAACAAAGCUUUACGAGAACACUGCAGUAGACGAUGGAACAAGGCGAAAGCUACACUCAAACAUAACUAUUUCAAUACUCCUUGGGCUGUUGUCUCCUUAGUUGGUGCAAUCUUACUCCUUAUUUUAGCCAUACUUCAAACUAUAUUUUCUGGUAUACAAGUAUUUUCUAAGAAGUGAAAUCUAUCCAAAUAAUAUAGUAUGUUUCUUUUAAAUUUUUCUCGUUCAAUCUUACCUUAUUAAAUGUUAACUUUGUAGUUGCCAAUCUUUUUAAAUAAAUAUUAUGUUACAUUUGUGUUUGUUAUCAUA